AUGAAGUGGAAGAUUCCGAUUUCCUUCAUCGUCUUUUGGACGAGGAUUGUUGCCAUUCCGGCGGGUAGUAACUCUCCCUGCCCAAUAGAUGCCAAAGUCGUGGUUGAAUACCAACCUUUCGAAAUCCAGUGUUCUGGGAAUGUCGCGACUUCAACCAGGACCAGGACGUGGACUGAGUGGCUAACCACCACCGAUAUUGUCAUAGGCGGAACUAUCACGUCAAAGACAACGGUAACUUUGACCGCCUCUGAAACCCUUGGUGUAGUUGUUUUUACGUCGACAGGCUCCAAGACGGGAGCCAAAACAAUUCCGCCAAAACACCCGGGAGAUCCAACUUCAGUUAUCACCUAUAUAAAGCCUCCGAGGAGUUCUUUACCCACUGUCACUUCUCUCGCAAGUAGACCCGGGUUAACAACCGUCCCCCCGGGUCCGAAUGGCGGUCCAUCUACGGUAAUUACAUUCGUAACAGGUCCUAUUACAGUAACCUCGUCUGCAAAAACAACUGGCCUGAGUACCAUUCCCGGAGUUGAUGGAAGACCCCCUACCGUGGUUACUUUUGUCACCACGCCGCUGUCUCCAGUGACCCUCACUUCAAUCGCAUCGACAACUGGGCUCACAACUAUUCCUCCUGGUCGCAACGGCGGCCCCCCUACGGUUGUUACUUUCAUGACCCCUCAGUCUGGCCCAGUCACUAUCACUUCUCUUGCUUCUACGACUGGUCUGACAACCGUUUCUCCCGGUCCCAAUGGUGGUCCUCCGACGGUGGUUACUUUUGUCACCACGCCGCUGUCUCCAGUGACCCUCACUUCAAUCGCAUCGACAACUGGGCUCACAACUAUUCCUCCCGGUCCCAAUGGAGGUUCUCCGACGGUGGUCACCUUUGUGACCCCUCAGUCUGGCCCAGUCACGAUCACAUCGCUUGCUUCUACGACUGGUUUGACAACCAUUCCCCCUGGUCCCAACGGAGGUUCUCCUACUGUCGUCACGUUCGUCACUUCGCUUCUCAACUCCCAAAAGACAGUAACAAUCACCUCUACCGCCCUCACUACUGGGUUGGUGACUCUUCCCCCGGGGCCUAAAGGAGGCCCUCUUACUGUUGUCACUUUCGCUCCAGAACCCCCGGGAACGGUGACCAUAACAUCUUUCGCAUCUACCACUGGCCUGAGCACUCUUCGAUCCGGUCCUGAUAGUGGCCCGCCGACUGUGAUUACCUUUGUUACCACACCUUUACCUCCAGUGACGAUAACCUCACAAGCAUCCACAACGGGGUUGACAACUCUUCUUCCGGGGCCUAACGGCGGUCCACCAACUGUCAUUACCUUUGCAACGGGGCCUCCUCCAGUUACUGUUACGUCUACUGCAUCUACUACUGGCCUCACAACGCUUCCGUUAGGGCCCAACGGGGGACCUGCUACGAUAGUUACCUUCGUUACCGGUCCGCCGGCAGCCAACCUUCCUGUCACCUUGACAUCUACCGCAAGCACUACCGGUCUCACUACUAUUCCACCUGGACCAAAUGGCGGAGCCCCUAUAAUUGUCACAUUCGUGACGGGGCCUCAGCCUGUCACGUUGACCUCGACCGGCAGCGCGACCGGUCUUACGACGCUUUAUCCGGGCCCAGACGGCGGUCCCACGACCGUCAUUACCUUUGCUACCGGUCCUCUUCCAGUCACCUUGACAUCAUUUGGAAGCACAACUGGGCUGAGAACAUUCCCUCCGGGGCCGGGUGGAGGCCCUCCUACCGUUGUUACCUAUGCUACAACAACUGCGCCUGUGCCAGUUACAAUUACGUCUACGGCCAGCACUACUGGGCUGACAACUCUUCCUGCUGGUCCAAACGGCGGCCCACCAACGGUGGUGACGUUUGCGACUGGUCCUCUUCCAGCCACCUUGACCUCAUUCGGAAGCACAACCGGAUUGACUACGCUACCUCCAGGCCCCAGUGGAGGCCCUCCCACAGUUGUUACUUUCGCUACAACUACCGCACCCAUUCCAGUUACAGUCACUUCCACUGCGAGUACUACAGGUCUCACAACUUUUCCUUCAGGUCCCAACGGCGGUCCGCCAACAGUAGUGACGUUUAUUACUGGCCCGCCUCCGGUUACCCUCACAUCUUUCGGAAGCACAACUGGGUUGACUACAUUCCCCCCGGGUCCAAACGGCGGUCCUCCUACUGUUGUCACCUUUGCUUCAAGCACUGCGCCUAUUCCAAUUACAAUCACCUCAACCGCGAGUACUACGGGCCUUAUCACUAUUCCUGCGGGUCCGAACGGCGGACCGCCGACCGUCAUCACCUUCGCCACGGGCCCAGCGCCCGUGACGCUUACUUCUAUGGCCACUACAACUGGCUUGACUACGAUUCCUGGUGGUCCUGGGGGCCCUGAUACAGUUAUCACGUUCAUCACCAGCCCGCAACCAAUCACCAUCACGUCUACCGCCACCACUACUGGUCUCACAACAUUGUCGCCGGGUCCAAAUGGUGGGCCGCCGACGGUUGUCACUUUCGCUACAGGCCCGGCACCAGUGACUAUCACAUCGACUGCUAGUACGACGGGCUUGACUACUAUACCUGGAGGACCGGGCGGCCCCAACACAGUCAUCACCUAUGUGGCGAGUCUUCCACCGGUCACAAUCACGUCUACCGCAACUACCACCGGCCUAACGACUGUGCCCGGGGUUCCUGGGGGUCCACCUACCGUUAUCACCUUUGUUACCGGACCCUCUCCUAUCACCGUGACUUCAAUGGCGACGACGACUGGUCUAAUAACGCUGCCGCCAGGCCUUAACGGUGGACCAAGUACAGUUGUGACUUUUGUCACUGGCAUUCUCCCUGUAACAGUAACUUCAACGGCAUCUACGACAGGUCUAACAACUAUCCCGCCUGGUCUAAAUGGAGGCCCUACUACGGUAGUCACGUUCGUGACAAGACCGGCCCCCGUCACUUUCACAUCUACUGCCUCUACGACGGGCCUGACAACUCUUCCCAUUGGCCCAGGUGGAGGUCCCGAAACAGUAAUCACCUUCGUUACUGGAACUCCGCCUGUAACUCUUACUUCAACAGCAACUACCACGGGUCUCACAACGCUGCCGCCAGGCCCUAACGGCGGACCGACUACUAUAAUAACCUUUAUCACCAGGGAACCAGUGACCGUCAUUACCCUUACGACUAGCUUUAGGCCCAUAGGAACAACCUUUACGACCGGUCUUGUUCAGACGUUCCCUCCAACACCCGGCAUUUCGGUAACCGGUGCCCCACCUUAUUUGCUAACUCUCAUCACUCGGACAGCGAGUACAACCGGCCUUACCACGCUUCCCUAUUAUAUUGGCGACGGAGACGACUUUAUAUCGAUAACAAUAGUUACAUUUGUAACUCCCCCAGCACCAAUCACUGUCACCUCAACCGGAAGUUCAACUGGCCUGACUACAAUUCCUCCCGGACCUGCAGGUGGCACGCCAACCGUAGUGACAUUCGUAACUACAACUCCUCCAGUCACUAUUACCUCAACAGGCAGCACUACAGGGUUGACAACCAUUUCUCCCGGAACGGCCGGCGGACCUCCUACUGUGGUCACGUUCGUGCCUCGUAUCGGGGUCGUCCGUACUCUGACAUCUACCGCCAGUCAGACCGGAGUCACCACUCUGCCUCAAACGGAUCCUGCUGGAACGACAACUGUGAUUACUUUCGUUCCGCAAGCCACAGAGCUUUCAGCCACAGGGCUUUUGACAACCUUAACUUCGACUGGCGCGCAAACAGGCGUCACUACUUUGCCUCAAACAGAUCCUGCUGGAACGACGACUGUGGUUACUUUCGUUCCGCCAGCCACAGGGCUUUUAACAACCUUAACUUCGACUGGUGCGCAAACAGGCGUCACUACUUUGCCUCAAACAGAUCCUGCUGGGACGACGACUGUGGUUACUUUCGUCCAGCCAGCAACAGGAUUCCUGACGACGCUAGUAUCGACAGGUACGCAGACGGGUGUUACUACCUUACCUCAGACCAACCCAACUGGCACGACUACGAUAGUCAGCUUUAUCCCUCCAGCCAUUGGACUUCUCACGACAGUUGUGUCAACAGGCACGCAGACGGGAGUGACUACACUUCCCCAACCCGACCCAACGGGCGUCACUACGGUCAUUAGCUUUGUACCUUCAGCCACCGGCUUUAUUACGACGGUAGUUUCAACGGCCACUCAAAUAGGCGUGACAACCCUACCUCAGCCUGAUCCAACUGGAAUUACCACAGUCGUCAGUUUCGUACCUCCAGCCACAGGCUUACUCACCACGCUGAUCUCUACCGCGACUCAGACGGGAGUGACUACGCUGCCUCAACCCGAUCCAACGGGCGUCACUACGGUCAUUAGCUUUGUACCUCCAGCCACCGGCUUUAUGACAACGGUGGUUUCAACGGCUACUGAGACAGGCGUGACAACCUUACCACAGACUGAUCCAACCGGAAUCACUACAGUCGUUAGCUUCGUUCCUCCAGCCACAGGCUUUAUUACCACAGUCGUUUCAUCUGCAACUCAGUCCGGCGUCACGACCCUACCUCAAACCGACCCAACCGGAAUUACCACUGUUGUCACUUUUGUGCCACUUACCGGUGGCAUUACCACAGUUGUAUCAACGGCAACUCAGACGGGUAUCACGACGCUUCCCCAACCCGAUCUAACGGGUAUUACGACAGUUGUUAGCUUCGUUCCUCCAGCCACCGGUUUCAUCACCACGGUCAUUUCAUCGGCAGCUCAGACGGGAGUUACGACAUUGCCUCAGACCGACCCAACUGGUACUACCACAGUUGUCAGCUUUGUGCCACUGACCGGUGCCUUUACAACGCUUAUAUCAACGGCAACCGAAACGGGUGUGAUUACUCUCCCACAGACUGACCCAGCUGGCAUCACCACAGUUCUCAGCUUCGUGCCUCCCAUCACCGGUGCCUUAACAACGGUUGUCUCUUCCGCAACUCAGUCUGGUGUCACAACCCUACCACAGACAGACCCUGCGGGUACGACUACCGUCGUCACAUUUGUUCCCAUCACUGGCGCUCUCACAACGGUUGUGUCUUCAGCUACCCAAACGGGCGUCACAACUUUACCCCAAACCGAUCCCGCCGGCACUACAACUGUCGUUUCAUUUGUUCCCAUAACCGGUGCCAUCACAACUGUGGUCUCUUCCGCUACCCAAACGGGUGUCACGACCUUGCCUCAAACCGAUCCUGCUGGCACGACUACCGUCGUCACAUUUGUUCCCAUCACCGGCGCCCUGACAAUCGUAACUUCAACAGCAUCCCAAACUGGCAUAACAACCCUUCCUCAGACCAACCCAGCUGGCACGACCACUAUUGUCACUUAUGUGACGCCGAGCCCGAGCUGCACCCCUGGAUUGCUAUGGGCGUACUAUGGCUUGUCACAAGCUCCGACCGACACCGCCAGUCAGGCGGGCAAGAUCCCGUUCCAGAAUUCAGACGCAACCUCACAAGCAAACUGGAAGACAACUUACUUCAAUAUUCAAACCGUACUCAGCGGACAGAGUCCCAAUAAUAGGGGCUUAACGACCACAGUUGGUCUGUCAUCGUCUUGUGGCACCUCGACCCGAAAUGUUUAUGGUACUACUGUAUCAGAAUCCAACUACAUCAUCGUGCAGCAUAUUGGCUAUUUUCAUCCUGCUACAUCCGGAACCUACACUUUCAGCUUCAGCGGUGUGGACGACAGCGUCUAUCUCUGGCUGGGCAGCAGCGUCGCCAAAAGUGGCUACAGUAAUUCAAAUUAUAACAAAAAUGUCAACUACUACGACACAAGCAGUUCGGGUACUUUUACAUUUACUGCGACUGCUGGUCAAUACUAUCCGAUUCGUAUCUUGUUCGUCAACGCGCAGAACUGUGGCUUGUUCAAUUUCUCACUCACGAAUCCCGCCGGCAGCGUUGUCGUUUCAAACUCCCAGUCUGUCGUUGGAGACCAGCUUGUGAGCAGCUGCCCGAACAAUGCAGACGCCGCUCCCUUUAGUUUCUAG